AUAAAAGACCCAUGUCACGUGAUUACUAUAAAACCUGCAUGCGCCUUUGUUUGACUCCUGUUGCGCACUGUUAUUUGAUUGCGACGCGAUCAUGGCAGAGGCUGAUCGACCGGGGAAGCUUUUCAUCGGUGGGCUGAACACCGAAACGAGCGAGAAGGCCCUUCAACAGUGUUUCGGCAAAUACGGCAGAAUAGUGGAAAUAAUCCUAAUGAAGGAUCGGGAAACUAACAAGUCCAGAGGGUUUGCGUUUAUAACUUUCGAGAGACCUUCAGAUGCAAAGGAUGCUGUCAAGGAAAUGAAUGGAAAGUCCCUUGAUGGUAAGCCAAUCAAAGUAGCACAAGCAACAAAGCCUCAGUUUGAGUCAGGACUGCGCCGCGGGUAUGGCUUCAGAGGAGCCCAUGGAGGCCCGCCAGCGAUGAGGGCCCCCCCCCCCAGAGGAUUACCAUCUCGAGAACCUCUGGCACUAAAGAGAAGUUCCCCAAUUCGGAAUGGAGGUCCCCCACCCAAACGAAUGGCAUUCUCAGGACCAAUGAGCAGGCCUCCCAUGUCCCGAGAACGGGAUUCUUAUGGGCCUCCACCUCCUCGCCGGGAUCCCAUGAUGUCCAGGAGAGAUGAGUACCCGUCCCCUCGGGAUGAUCACUACAGCAGCAGAGACAGCUACUCCAGCCGUGACUACUUGAGCUCCCGGGAUUCCAGAGAUUACGGUCCUCCGGCUCGGGAUUACCCGUACCGCGAUUCCCCACAUUCCAGCUCACGGGACGAGUAUGGAUCUAUUUCACGAGGCUACAGUGACCGUGACAGCUACGCUGGGGCCCGUGAGCACAGGACUUACAUGGAUCGCCCCAGCGCCAGCUCGUACAGGGACCCCUACGACGGAUAUGGUAACUCUCGCAGCGCCCCAUCCUCAAGGGCCCCCCCUCCGUCCUACAGUGGGAAUGGUGGAGGCAGUCGCUAUGACGACUAUGGCAGCGGGUCCCGGAAUGGAUACAGCGGUCGUGAGAGUUAUGCCAGCAGUCGGGCCGACCCGUAUUCCACUAGCCGCGGUGAGCGAAUGGCCAGGCAAGAGAGGGGGCCCGACCCUCACGUCGAGAGAGGCUACCCUCCUCGUGACGUUUACGGCGGCUCGAGCCGUGGGGCGCCCCGUGGUGGUGGCCGGGGAGGUAUCCGGCCCGAACGAGGAAUGGCUGGCAGCAGAUACUGAAGUGGAACAUGCGAGGAGUUUAUGGGGCUCAGACUGCGCAUCUUUUCAGUUCACUGGCACAAAGGCGGAAACUCAUCUGGACACAGAUUUUAAAAUGUCGUUUUCAAAAAAAAAAAAAACAAACCUGUAGCUCUGAGCUCCCCACCUUUUUGCCUACUUUCUCCAUCCUUCUGAAACAUUAGGCUUCUUUAAAUUGUUGUGGUCUACAGAUUUUCCAUUUUGAUAGUACUGUUGACAUUUUUGUGUUUUUUUUUAAUUUUUUUUUUAUGUUCUUAAGUGCUGUUAAAUACGCAGUUCCCUGGAUUAACAUGCCUUUCAUUUACGAAUAAAGCUUUUUCAUCAAACUCCUGAUCGCAACUCAUAGCAAUCAAAAGGUACGAAGCUCUGAUAGCUCUUCAGAAGUCAACUAAUGCAGAUGCAUUUGCUGGUCAGAGUGGUUUCAGAAGAAAGCCUGUCCCUUUCAAACGCUCCUUGGUUCUUGGUGCGAACCAAGCUCCUCUCAUUCAGCUAUAAACUGGUUCAUAAAAACAUCAGAUCCCUUUCAGCAAAAGCAAGAGAUGUUUCUAUCCACCAAAUAAAUAGCAACAGGGAGUAAGCAAGUCAAUUUUAAAUUAUGUAACCCCCCCAAAAAAAAUGUUGGCGCACAAGUACUCAUUGACUCUGAUCCCUAAGUAGUCUUCAGUUCCCCUACUGCACAAAAGUGUGAUCUUGGGAAGAAGUACCUUUUUAAACACUGGAUUCAACAUAAUUGUAUUGUGGAGGCACCAAUCUCCUUGUCACAAAAUGAAACCUUUUUAUCUCUUUGCUUGAAGUUAUUACUGGCUAUAAUGAUGUGGCUUUAGGCUGAAGGUAUGUACCUUCGUCCAUCCAGUGGAACUACUGACAGUCAUCAACUUUCACUAAAGGAUGAAUUUGCUUCAACCAAGCUGAAAUGAUCUUGCCUGUUAUAUCAAACUGAGGUGAGGUGUGUGAAAGAAAAUUCUGGGAUCGGUGUGGGGAAGCAAGUGCUACCAGAGACGGGUAACUACAAAUUUAAAGAGGUUCUCCUUGUUGCAGGAUAAAAUCUGGUUUUAAUGGAACGAACAGGCAGUUCUUGAGUUCCUGCUCCUGAUUUGCCAUUCUCCAAAUCGGUCAUCUAAGGUAAAGAUCACUUGUUUUUGUGUUGUUAAAAACAUGCAAAGUAAAAUAUUGUGAGAUUGAGCUUGUAUAUAUGAAAACAGAGCCCCCAAACCCUGCAUACCAGCUCCUCUGCAAGAAGCAUCUGGAGUUAGACAAUUCCUCUUUCCAAAGUACUCUAAAUAAAUACCUUUUAAGAAUA